CUACUGGACUAGUCCCUCCAUUUUACAUUUAAUUCCUUCAAUUCAAGUAUGGUACGCAGAAUUCGACGUUAGAGGGGGCGUAACCUUUUGACUUUCGCCCCUCCGUCAGAACUAGAAUUUAUAAGGUUUAAAAUGUUUUAACAAUUUCUAGUCCGAAAUGGUGCAUUUUGAACGUAUUUUAUUACUUUUUUCCGAUAUUGGCUUAAAAAUUAACUUGGACUAUUUUUUAUAUUUUUUAUUGGAGGGGGAAGAUGGUGGUUUUCUUUUAACGUUGCUCAGAAAUACAUGUCUUUGUAUUUGUUCAUUUAUGAUUUAAGCGAUCCGAGCCACAGAUAAGCUAGUUCUUUUCUUAUUAAUUAACAAUAUUUAGUUUUAAAAAUGCGAUGCCUGUUAAAUUAAAGUACCCCAAAUGUAAAUUAUGGUUUUCAUUUGAAAGGCCAUUGGUUGCUGAUUACUAUUUUAUUUUUUAAAUAACCAAACUACACGUUUCAUUAUGUUAUUAUGGUUUGUAUUUUUGGUCUAUAUAUUUCUUUUGAACUUGCAUAUAUGCAGGCCAACGUCAAAAAGCUUGUUUGUUGCAUUAAGUUCUGUCUUAUUCUAUAGUUCUUUUCUUGCACAUAAACUCCUUUCAAAUGAUACCAAAAUAAGAUGGGGUCGUCUUAAAUGCGAUUUGAACGCAUGCUCAACAUGUCUAGUACCUCGCAUGCAAUACAGUAUAGCUGUAUGAACAGAUAAUUUACGCAAAUGGAAUCUUAAAACACAUAAACAAUAACUGUUGACUUCAGCCUUUUGUUAUUUUCAUGAUAAUAUAAUAUCUUGGACACCGUAUCCUGGGAACAUGGACGACGCUGCUUUUUGAUGUUUACAUUUUUAUUUUGGUGCAAAAUAUUGUCCUAGAUUCUUUUUAUUUAACAAUUAACUAUGGCUACCACAGAAAAAACUAUGGCAAGCGUAAAGGAAGCUCGAGAACUUUACGAGUUAAAACAAAAAGCUGCACAAUUUUAUGCAGAAAAUGGAGUUCCAGCGAAAAUGGAAGACAUUCUCAAUUCUAUGUUUUAUGACAACCCGAACGACGUGUAUGGGCAUUUAGCAAAUUACUUCCAAGGGUUUGCCCAACCAGCCAAAAUUACCAGUGUGCAGGCAAGAUCUGCAUUUGACGCAAAAGGACAAAGAACCAUAUUGACUGAUAUUUUCUGCUCAGUUAAUAAUAAAACAAAGCUGUUAGCAUCCAGUGUAAAUUCAUCAGUGUCUCCACUCCUGUCUGAGCUUGCCAAGCCAGAGGAACUUGAUGAUGAAGCUAAAGACCGAGAGGCUGGACUGGAAGCUGCCAUUAACAUUAUAAAUAAAGAGAUCGCAUCACGCUUGCAGGGCCUCCAACCUACAGCUCAGGCUGAUAUCGACAAAGUUAUCACUGGCUACAUUGGAGAGUUGAAGGCUGCAGAAGAUGAGAGAAUUGCCCGGGAAGCUGAGACCCAAGCUAACACUGAGGGAUCAGACAACGAGAAGAAACCCGGAUCCAGCAUCACCAAAGAUAAGCCCAAAUCCGGAAAGUCUAACGCUUCUUCCAAAAAGGGAGGUAAGGGUGGUAAGGGCGGGGCACCCGUGGUUGUGGUCCCUGAUGAGCCUAGGGAACGGAUGGUGGCAGGGAGCGUGUGUCUCAGCGCAACCAGUCAGGCUGUGUGUCAGGCCGGGGCUGCAGCGGACGGUAACGAGGUGUACGAACAUGUAGCAGCACUUAGGUUUGGACAGGCCCCGCAGCAGUAUCGUAUGCCACUGCCCAUGGUGACAAUCUUCCAGAGUGGGAGAGCCGCUCCAGGAAAGUCCAACUGCGUGAAGGAAUACAUGCUGGUAUCGCCACCAGGGAAACUACUGAAUGAGAGUGUACCCAAGAUAUUUGCUGUUUACAAUGAUGUUGUCAAGGCUAUAAUGGGGAAGAAUGGGAGUACGCCAAACAAAAAAGCAGAAAAGAUUGUUGCCCGGAAUGUGACAGACCUUGGAGCGCUGAUGGUUUCGUUUGACCGCCCAGAGCAAGGGCUUGACAUGAUACAGGAAUCCAUGACCCGACUGGGCCUCACGCCAGGGGAGGACCUCUAUCUGGGCCUCAACCUGGCUGGACAUGAGAUCUUCGACUAUGAUAUCCCAACCGGUAAAGAAAAGGUUUCCCAGAGCUUUCCAUUGGCCGAGAAAAAGCUUGCCAUUUCUUCAGUUGAUGAAAAGGGAAAAUAUGAGGUCGUCACAGGACAGCAGAAAGCGGCUGAUGAUGUCAUCGAUUUCUGGGUAGACAUCAUCACAAGAUACCCUGCUAUCAUAGCCAUCAUUGAUCCUUUCAGAAAACAGGAAGGCCAGCAGUGGAUGUCACUGUGUGAGAAGAUAUCAGAGAAGUGUUACAUUCUGGGUGACAACGUAUGGCAUCGCCCGGGGCUACUGAAGGACGAGGAACUUACCGACACAUUCCGCAGCUCAGGCAAUGUCUACAGACUGGAGCAGAUGAACACUAUCACCAAUAUCCUAGAGUGUGCGAAGAAAACGGAAGAAGCCGGAAAUGAGACUGUACUGUCAACCAACAUUGGAGAUACAACUGAUGUUUUCCUAGCUGACAUGGCUGUUGGAAUGAACGCCCGCUUCCUCAAGGUGGGUGGAGCAAGUCGCGGAGAGAGGGUCUCCAAACUCAACAGAUUGAUAUCGCUUGAGCUCGCCCUGCAGGGGUGUGGUACACUGGCUCCAGGGGGAGACUUUAGCUUCCCCGUGAUUACCCUCCCCCCACCCCCAGAGCCUGAGGAGGGAGAUGCCGAAGAGGCUGAAGUAAAGGACUCCCCGAGGAAAAAGUAAAGGCAAGGACCACCCAUUACAGAUGUUGUGGAUCCUUAGAAGUGAAAGUUAGAGACGAUAUUCACAAACUUAUUCAUUCCACAACAGAGAAGACCCACUUGAAAGAAAAUAUACAUCUUUGUGUGAUGUCUUUUUUCUUUGAGAAUAAUAGAGGAUGUUUCUACGAUAAAAAACAAUGUUAAGGAUUACAGGUACUUUUUGUCAGCUGUGCAUGAUCAUACUGGCAUUAAUUGUUAUUCCGUCCAAGUAAUAUACAUUUGAAAUGUAGUAUUUUUUAUUUUUAGUUUAUUUUUGGCGAUAUAUUUUAUUGAUUUGCAGUAAUAGUACCUGUUAGUCUUGAAAUGACAUUUGCAAGGACUGUCUGUGAUAUUAUAAUACUAAUGUAUUUUGUUAUUGUCAAUAAAGAAGCUUUUGUGUGAAUAAUUGUUGUUUUGGUUAAAAUCCUAUUAUAGCAUUGACAAAUUACAUGUUUU